AUGGGAAUUGGAUUUAGUGCUUCGCUUGCAUUGCACUUGAUAGAGGAGGACCAGGAAGAACAAGAGAGGGCAGCUCGUGAUGUAAGAUGGCACAGACGACGAACAGUUAGAUCCCGCCGAUACCCAACACACCGGGUGUAUCGUCCCAGGCAAAGUUACUUGGGAAUGACUGAGGAACAGUGUCUUCAGCAGCUCAGCCUUAGCCGGGAGGCUGUGACAGAAUUAUGUCAUCUAUUGAAUGAGGAUCUGCAAGCUCAAUCUACUAUCAGUACAGCACUGCCAGUGGCUGUGAAAGUCACUACAGCCCUGAACUUCUAUGCUGUCGGGUCAUUUCAGGCAAGCACUGGUAACAUUUGCAGUGUCAGUCAGUUUGCUGUACACAGAUCCAUCACAGAAGUUACACAUGCGUUAUUCUCCAGGGCUGACAAUUUCAUUUCUUUUCCUAUAGAUGAACAACAUCAACAGCAAAGGGCAACACAUUUCUUCAGGGUUGCUGGCUUUCCAAAAGUACAGGGUGUCAUUGGUUGCAUGUGUGUUGCUAUUCGGGCACCUGUGCAUGAUGCAAUGGCCUAUAUGAAUCAUAAAGGCUUUUACUCCAUCAAUGUGCAGUUGGUUAGUGAUCAUCAGCACAGAAUUAUGCAGGUUAAUGCCCACUUCCCAGGAAGCUCACAUAGUGCAUUUAUUUUAAGGCAAUCCUCAGUGCCAGCGUUAUUUGAAGGAGAAGGAAGCCUGGAAGGUUGGCUGCUGGGUGACAAAGAAUACCCGGUCCAACCUUGGCUGAUGACCCCUUUGAGACAUCCAAGAACAGAAGCAGAGCAUAGGUACAAUGAAGCACAUUCAAAAACAAGGAUUACUGUUGAACGUACAAUUGGGAUUCUGAAGCAGCGCUUUCGAUGCCUCGAUCGUUCAAGAGGUGCCUUACAGUACAGUCCCCACAAGGUCUCAAGAAUGAUCAUUGCCUGUUGUAUUUUGCACAAUUUUGCUCUCCAAAGAGGCCUCACAAUGGAGGAAGAACAGAAUGAAGAAUCUAUGGUAGAGCAAGAGUCUGAAAGUGAUGAUGAAGAAUCAGUUGAAAGAACAACAGUCCAACAGGGAAGAUUGAUGCGUCAGGCACUAAUACUUGAUGCCUUUGAGUAA